ACCUAGUCAAAUAUCGUUUCUUGUAAGUCUCUAACCCAUGUUGCAUAUGCUAUGAAGAUCGUCGGGAUUGACAUGAAUUCAAACGUCAAUGUCAACCCUGCAAGCGAGCAAUGACUUGACUCUCAUUGUCUAUUUUGCGGGGCGCUUCAGUCGUGGAAACUGUAGCUCAUUGUCUAAGCCACGCGAUGACUAAAAGAACAACUGCUAAUGCUUCUUCCACAGGACGGUACUUUCAGUCUUAUACACAUACCUCUCAGUCUAUAUGCGACAUUCCUGCAACCGAUCCUGCAGGUACUUUUGCCACAAGGGGAUUGCGAUCCAAACAACCUUGACGAAGCCAUUGAGGGUUUGAGUAUAGACAACAAGCAUGGAUUUCUCAAUAUAAGCAUUACCCCGAUCGAAUGCUCUGUAGUAUGUCACAACAACUGGGCGAAAAAGGUCUUUGAGCCGAUCAUAAAGAGACUGCCCAAAGAUGCCUCAAAAACAGUCAGCAUAUCGAAGGACAGCUACCUGAUCCUAUCGGUUGAAAGCGCCGCCAUGGAUGCAGGAAGUAGGGUCAUGGAGUUGACAUCACCGCUGGCUCUUGCAGGAAUUCCCAUUUUCUUCAUAACGACUUACUACUCCGACUUCAUCCUUGUUCCGAUGAAAGACCGUCAAACCGUGCAACAAGCUCUGCUUGCACGAGGCUUCGAGUUUUCUGACGAGUCAACUUUUGUCUCGCCUUCUGUGCAUUCUAGAGGUCCUAGUGUCAGCAGUCGACCUCCGUCAACACCCCCGCCCUCAAAUAUUGCCGAGUUGCAAACGCGGACUUUUGAACUGCUAAAGAAGCGAAAUGUCGUGCCUUAUAUCGAGGACGACUUGAGCUUGGUCCUUGUUUCUGGAAAGGAACAUUCGAAAACUACUCAGAUGAGCGAUUACCGACGCCCGGCUCCCAGUCGUCAGCCUACCGGCAAUGGCUACAACAACCGCAGGAGCUGGCUUGACAGUGUCGAUACUAAGCUGUACACUAGCUUAAUAUCGGUGCUUGUAUUACAGCCACGGUUCCUCUCCAUGACUCUAGCCUUAGAAGACCCUCCGUCGCUGUUGUUGGAUAAGCAACAUCUUGGAGUUUUUGGCGACUCUGUUGUUGGAGAUAUGAGCGGGGACCUUGUUCCAAUUUUUCUCGACCUGGAAAACCUAACGCUUGAAGCCACUGGUAUUGUGUCGGGCGUUGCUGGUAAGCUCGUCUCUGAAAUGCGGAUGACGGACACUGGCGCCGGUGAGCAGCUGUCAUAUCUCUCGACCGCCAGAGCUGGUGCUGUUAUCUUGUCGCAUGACCAGAGCUUGAAGGCUCUGGAAGUUAUGGAACCCCUUCUCGUCAAGGAUUGACUGGCCGACCAUGACGAACUGGAGUGUCCAACUAAGCGUGUGCCUUGGCCUCGAAGGAUCUGGCCUCGGAGGACGAUUGCUGCAUAACAGAGCAUGAAAAGUUUAUCGUUCUAUGGGUGACGGGAAUGAGGCAAAAGCACAAGAGCAAAAAAGCGGUCUUGGGGAUGUGGUCCUGCAUACUAGCAUUAGGGAACGGAGCAGUUGGCUAUUGUGUUUCUAAAACUACCUCGCAUGUUCUUGGAGCUAAUGUAGCUGAGGACUGGCGUUUCAAGGUUUUUACAUGGCAUGUAAUCUAUAAGUAGCAUCGAGAUACCCAGCUUUGGCGCAUGGUUUUCAUGUCUGGGUGGCUUAGGCGAACUAUGUUAAUCUCCCUUCCUGCUCUACGAAAUAAAUGCAAUUGUUUCUUUGAAAAUCGGAUUUUGUCAACCC